UCAUUCUGUGACAAGACCAAGGGAAUGACAUUUCGCCGGGACUUUGCCUGUCUUUCCCUCUGACUACUGGAUUUGGAAAUGUACAUAAAGGAAUUGAUCUAAUGAGAUGAAGGGAAUUGCUGGAUAAAUCCAAACAUGGCAGCUGUACAUGCAUUCAUUUUGUUUCAUAUUGUCUUCGGCUUUUUACACCAGGGUUUGGGUUUGAUUUCAGACUACAAACUAUGUGGAGACCCCGAAUGUGAAAGCAUGAUAAGUCGGGUGCAGGCACAGAGAGACCAUAGUGCUAAAGACUGCCGCUUUCUAAACUUCAAAAAAGGGGAUAUCAUCACUGUUUACUACAAACUUACUGGAAAAAGAAAUGAUCUCUGGGCAGGAAGUAUAGAGAAGCUGUCUGGAUUGUUCCCAAAAGAUGCCAUCAAAGUUGAUCAACUGUUUAUUGAUGAAAAAAAGGAAAUCCAGGUGCCGACCCAGGAAUAUGACUUCAUCUGCUUUGAUGAUAAUGGUUUAGUGAUUGAGCGCAGCACUGAAUUUGAUGAUGAUCUGGAAGAUUUGUCACAAGAAACCCAAGAAACCGAUCUCAAUGAAGUCCAAGAUAAACCUACUGAAACAGAAGAGAGCGAACCCAGCCAGAUUUCUGUUAAAGAUGUUUCUGAUCAAAACAGCCCCAAGACGACAGAAAAAGGUGGGUCUUCCUGGAUAGGCUCUGCUGUUAGUGAAUGGUUUGGCAGGAAUGAACAAAGCAAUGAUGAACCACAGGAUGAGAUCGUUGAAGUAUCCUUCAAAAGCAGAAAAAUUGUGAUGGAUAUUGCGGAGAACCAUGUGGAGGAGAAGACGAAUUCUGGAACGUUUGGGUGGAUCAGGGGUGAACUCACCAAUGCUUUUGGGUUUGGAAACAAGGAUCUAAAAACUGAUACUCAGGACAAUAUUGAGAACCCAACAAAUGAUGAAGAUACCUCAUCUCAGCAGUCUAGCUCCUGGAUAAGUAUGGGUAGAGAUGUCUUGGACUUUAGUGAAGACAAUUCUGAAGCUGCGACUAAACAUGAAGCUGAGAAAACAGAUGAAAACUCAAACAUCGAGGAUGACAGUAUUCUUAACCCGAGUCAGAACAUGGGUGUUGUUGACAACCUACAGAGAGAUGAAAACAACCCAGAUGACAGUGUGGAAAAUAAGGACGGUCCUUUGGAGGACAGGAAAACAGAAAAUGAAAAAGAAGAAGAGCAGGCGGGGUGGUACGGAAAUAUGUACAACAGAAUCACAAACCUUUACAGAAAAGAGCAAACUAAAGAUGAUGAGGAUGAUGGAGGCAAAGACAGUUUGUCAGAAAGCCCUGGAUCUGCUACAAAUACUGAGAACACUGAAACCAAAGAUUCAGAAUCAAGUUCACAGUCCAUAUUUUCAGUCAAUGGCCUGACAUCAAUGCUUAAGCUUCCUUUUCAGGCAGACACAGUAGUAAACAGAGAUGAGGAAAAGACAGAAAAGGAGGAACAUCCAGGUAAGGAAGACUUUGAUGAGGAACAAAAUAAUAAUGAGGAUCAAGAAGAAGAAAUGUUGACUGAUAUUGAUGAACAGGACUCAAACCCAACAGACACUGAUGUACUUAGCGUUGCAUCUGAUAACGUGGAACAACUAGAUGAAGUAUCGAAUAUGACAAAAUACAGCACAGAUUCACAAAUCCUUGAGAAAAAGUCAGCAGAUAAUUUAACUGACGAAGUUCAAAGUGAAAACAUUGCUGAUUUUUUUGAGGGAAAGGUGGAGCAAGAUACGAGAGAUGUGCAAAGUGACGAGGAAAAGACAGGAACGGAAGAAGAUCCAGGUAAGGAAGACUUUAAUGAGGAACAAAAUAAUAACAAGGAUCAAGAAGAAAAAGUGUUGAUUGAUAUUUAUGAACAGGACUCAAACCCAAUAGACACUGAUGUACUUAUGGAAACUCAGUCACUGUCUAAUAAAACAACAACUUUAAAAGAUAGCAUUGCAUAUUAUAGCAUUGAACAACUAGCUGUAGAAUCUAAUAUGACAGAUGACAGCAUAGAUUCACAAAUCCUUGAAACCAAGUCAGCAGAUAAUUUAAAUGAAGAAGUUAAACGUGAAAACAAUGCUGAUUUUUUUGAGGGAACGGUGGAUCAAGAUACAAGAGAUGGGCAAAGUGAUGAGGAAAAGAAAGGAAAGGAAGAAGAUCCAGGUAAAGAAGACUUUGAUGAGAAACAAAAUAAUUACAAGGAUCAAGAAGAUAAAAUGCCGACUGAUAUUUAUAAGCAGGACUCAAACCCAACCAACACUGACAUACUAAGUGAAACUCAGGCGCUGCCUGACAAAACAAUGACUUUAAAAGAUAGCAUUGCAUCUGAUAGCAUUGAACAACUAGAUGUAGAAUCUAAAAUGACAGAAGAUUCACAAAUCUUUGAAACCAAGUCAGCAAAUGAUUUAACUGAAGAAGUUAAAAGUGAAAAUAAUGCUGAUGUUUUAGAAGGAGCUGUAGAGAAAAAUAUGAAAGAUGUGCAAAGUGACAAGGAAAAGACAGUAAAGGAGGUAAAUUCAGGUAAGGAGGACUUUCUUGAGCAAAAGAAUGUGAAAGAUGAAGAAAUAUCUGAUGUUGUCAAGCAAGAAUCAAUCACAAAGGAUGUUGAUUUACUUGAUGAAACAAUGACUUUAAAAGACAGCGUUGCAUCUGAUGACAUUAGAGAUAUAGAUGGCUUUUCUAAAGAAUCUAACACCCAACAUGGUGAUGAAGUUAAGUCUGCAAAUACAAACGAUAAAGUUAUUCAGAGCACAAACAACUUAACUGAUUCAUCUUAUGACAUUUCAGAAGGCAAGUUGACACAAAGUCUGUCUGAACAGGGCGAUUUAGACACUAUCAAACAGCAAGAAAAUGAUUCUAAUGAAAUUAGUACAGAUCCUGUAACUGGUGCUAAUACAUCUGAACUGCCAGAGUCAGAUAUUCAAACAGGUACUCGGUUACAUUAUGAAAAAACACAAGAAUCAAAUGUUGCAGAUUUGUACACUGACUCUCAUACUGAAACUCUCACAACUGGUCAAAGUGUAAAUGCAGAUGUAAAUACAGAACCGAUUAUGGAUGCAUUAUCAGAAUAUAAUAAUGAAAAACAAUUAGCUGAAGGCGACCAAGGUAUAUCGAAAGAAAAUUAUGAGGUAGUUAUAGACAGAAAAGAUGAAUUAGUUAUGGAAAGAAAUGAGGCACAAUUAGAUGAAGUGCUACCAAAAGACAUCACAUUUCAUGAAGAAAAGUUAUCAGAUUCAGAAGCACAUGCAACGCAAAUGAGCAAUGAACAUAAAUGGGACACAAACAUAAAUCCUCUUGAUGAAAGAUCUUCUCUUAAUCACACUCUUGCAGCAGAUGAAUUAACUGUAACUAGUGAAGAAAAUUUGCAUUCAGAGCUUGAGUCAAAUUCAUCCCUAAACGUCACAGAUUAUGAGAUGGAUAAUACCAGUGAAUCGCAUCAUGAAUCAUUGAUGAUAGAAAACUCAGGUAUAAGUAUUGUUAAGGAUACUGAUUCAGCAGGUAAAUAUAACGAUGAGGUUGUAUCUCAUGAAGAGCAAGAGGAAUCAGAUACAGUUUCUGAACCUACAGAAAAUUAUUUUGAAAAAAAAGAGAAAGAGGAUGACACACAAAUCACACAUGAAAUUCAAACACAGGAAACACAUACAAAUAGCCCAUCGCUAAACACAUCUGAUGGAUCUGAUGAUUUAGAAGAUGCUGGUCAUGAUCCCAGUUUACCAGAAAAUGCAGACAUUGAUAAUAUUCCUAACGCUGUGGCUGAAGACCCAGAUGGCUAUACAACUUCCACAGAAACAGAACUGACAAAUGAAUUCUUCUCAAAGAAUUACUCAGUUCGGGAUGGCAAUAUUAAUACCAUGCAUGAUCAAAAUCAAAGUGUUGAGCACAAAGAGGAGACUGACACAGCAAAUAAUGAGGAUCGUCAAACCGAUUCAGAAAGUGUCACACGAAGGAAGGAAAGUGGCAUAAGUGCCAUCUGGGAUCAAAGUGAUGAUGGUGACAUGGCAGUGAAGUCAGAAGAUAAAGAAGAACAUAGUGAUGAAGAACAGCCUGGAAGCCUUGAAAUUCAAGACAAAAAAACUGUCAAUCAACCUACAGAAACCUCUAAAGAAUAUACAAACUUAUAUCCUCAUCUGAGCGAACAGAAUAUUGAAGACCUUUUAGAUUUAUUUGGAGACCAGAAGUUGUCAUGGCUGGAUUCCAAAAUGGGAAAUGUUAAUGCAGGUCAAGAUAAUGAUGACAUUGAUGAACUUGGUGACUUUGAACAGCUGUUGGAUUACCAUAUGAAGACGAACACCAAAUUGGGACAUAUUCAACAAGAUAACGGUUUUCCUGGCAAGGAUAAUGCUAAAGAAUAUCCAGCACUACAAAAACUGUUAACCCUCUUAUCUUCUCUAAGAAAGAAAUAUUCACCAGUGAUAACAGAUAACAGUUUAGAAAGCCCAGGGAUCAGCAAAGAUGACUGUGUUCAUGAAGCAUGUUUAGAUGUGAAUAAGAAUACACAAAUCUCCACAACAGAGGUUGAAAAUAAUCAAGUUACCGAAGACAGAGCUGAUAUAAAUGACUUGGGCAAUCCUCAGAAUGAGCCCGUCUCUGAGGAAAAGGACCUUUCAGCAAGCAGAGCUAAUGUGGAGGAUGUUCAGACUGAUGAGCAGGAUAUACAAAAGCAUGAGGAUUGGACAUCUUUUGAAACCAAGAAAACUACUUUCCAAACCCACGGUCUUAUCUCUGAGGAGCAUGUUGAAUCACAGAAAGAGCAUGUUGAAUCACAGAAAGGUGAAGGGCAAUUUCAUCAGAUGGCAGUUUUUGUUGAAGUCACAAUUAAUGAAAUUGCAUCUAUAGUGGACAAGGUUGUGUCUUCACUUCCUGAUGAUAUCCGGCCUGGUCCUGACUUAUAUGGACUGCCAUGGGAAGCUGUGGUUUUCACUGGAUUUUUAGGUUUAUUCACACUGCUUCUGUUCAGCUGCAGGUUCAUUCAUUCUAUCAGAAGUCGACUAUAUGCAAGUAAAGAGAAGCAAAUGGUGCAGAAAGUGGCUGAACUGCUUGAUGAAAAAUGCAAAGUGCUGGAGACAUUCAGUGAGGUUAAACAGAAGUUUGACAAACUAGAGUUCACACUACAGAACAAUGGCAUGUCUGCACAAGCUGCAGAAAAAGACAAUUUAGAGGUGGCGUCACAGAAGCUUGAACAAUCAAAUGCACAGAUGAAAAAGGAAAUAGAGAGGCUGCAAGAAGAGCUAUCCCAACAAAACAAAGCAAGAAAACAGCAAGAGGAUCAGCUUGCUGAACUCGAGCAGAUUUUAAGAAAUUUAGAAGAGGAAGCUAAAGAACGAAAGUCCCAGUUAGAACAGGACAACACAACACUGAAGAUCCAUGAGAUCAACACAGAACGACUGCAGAAGAACCUGCAGGCAUCCAAAGAAGAGCAUGCAAUGCUGCUCGAGAGUAAAGCACAGCUGGUGCAGGAGGCAGAGGACUGGGGUGAACGUCUCGGUGAGCUGGAGGAGGAGAUGAAAAUGUGCGAAAGAUCACAUACUGGCAUGCUGGAGGACUGCGCUAAUAAAGAUGAUCGCAUCAAGUCACUGACGGAGUGCCUUUUGAAGAUGCGAGAUUGGGAUUCUGAGGACGAGAGCUGCGUUGACGGCAGCACUAAUACAACUGGAGCUGAGAAUGGAGACAGUUCAGAUUUCCAUCAGAAGCAAAAAGUACAGAAACUUAUUGAAGCGGCCAAGAUGAGUGCAGACUUGAAGUCCAUGGAGGAGGACAAGAACAGAGUGUUCGCCAAACUCGCAGAUGAAAUUAAAGCCAAAGAAGAUCUUCAAGAGGGGAUCAAACAGCUUGAGGAGCAGAAGGAGGUGUUGGAAUCAGAGAGUGCCAACUAUGCUAGUGAAAGCCAGAAACUCCAGCAGAAACUCCAGAUCAUGACUGAAAUGUACCAGGAGAAUGAACUCAAACUACACAGGAUGUUGACAGUGGAGGAGAAGGAGCGCUUGCAAAAGGAGGAGAAGCUCAACAAGGCAGGCAAGAAGAUCAGUCUUGCUGCAGAGGAGCUCAACACUUACAGACAUCGAGCCAAAGACCUAGAGGAAGAACUGGAAAGGACUUCACAGGCCUACAAGAAUCAGAUUGCUUCUCAUGAGAAAAAGGCUCAUGAUAACUGGCUAGCCGCUAGGGGAGCAGAUCGAGACCUGGCUGAUGUCAAGAGAGAAAACGCUCAUCUCCGCCAGAAGCUGACUGAUGCCCAAUUCAAGUCUGAGAUACUUGAAAAGGAUGUACGAGAGGGCAGACCUUUAUUUAGAGGUGAAAGAUCUCCAUAUGGACCCUCUCCUCUUAGCCGACCAUCCUCAGAAACACGGGCCUUCCUCUCCCCGCCUACACUAAUGGACGGACCCCCUCGACUCUCACCGCAGUUUAUGGGUGCAGGCAGAGCAUCCCGUGGCGUGGGAGAGCCCCCUAGUGGUGGGCCAGACUUUGAGCGGAGUGGCCCUCACUCUGAUAGUGGCUCACUGUCUCCCUCCUGGGACAGGGAACGCAGGGGCCCUCCCCCCCCUCCAGGUCACCCUCUACCAGACCCGGGUUUGCCCUUUAGGAGGCCUCCUCCAGGUCCGUAUCCUAUGGGUCCUUUGCCUCCUAGACCUCCAUUUCCUCCUGAGCCAUACUUUGGUGAAAAAUCAGAUUCAUCAUUUCUAAGAAACAGCUCAUCCAUCAGUGAGAAUGAGAGCAGAGAAGGUCCUCACUCGUUGCUUGGUGACAUGAGAUUGCCCCCUGAUCCAGAUUCAAGAAUGGGACCUCCUCCUGGCCCCCGAUUAAUGGGAAUGCCCCCACUGAUGGACCCACACUUCCCACCCAGGGGCCCUUAUGGACCUCCGGAGUUCUUUCCCCCUCAUGGUCCCCCCAUAGGCAUGCGAGGGCCACUUCCCCCGGGAAUGUUUUCCAGAGCUCCAAUGCCGCUCCCUCAACAUAUGGGCUAUCUGCCACCAAGACCUCUGUCUGACAGCUUCCCCCCCGGACCGCCACCCAGACCCUCCCCACCGGGCAGCGAGCAGACCCCCGACCAGUCGCCCUCUCCUCAUGAUGUCAUCUGAUCUCUCACGCUCUCUUCCUCUCCUGCAAACUGUUUCCGACUUCCUGUUGUUGUGCUCAGGGGGCGUUUCCUUUGAUAUGAAACCACAGUAGCCUUGUGGUUAUCUCUUACUUCUGUCUUAGUUGAAAGCGCAAGCAUGGCAAAGGGUGCAGCACAUGCCACUGGUUAUAAUAUUAUGAGGAGGAAGUUGAUGUCUGUAUUUCAGGUACAGUGUAAGUGUGCAGCCUUUGUGAACCUGUAGGUAAAUUGUAAAAAGUCAAUGAGACUGCCUUUUAACAGGACUAUAGAUGCUCAGGUUUGUGAUGUUCUGAUGCUUUUUUUUAAUUGAAGGUAGAUGAUAAAAGGUCCUCAUAUUUGUCAAACUGUAUAUAUAGAAAGUCUAAAUAUAUAUUGUGAAUAGGAUGCUGUUGAAACAAGACUUUGGUAGCAAACUUGACAAAUCCAACAACUCAGUCCAGAGAACAGUCCAUGUAGCAUAUAUAUUUAUAGUUUCCUCUAAUAACAACUCAUGCCUUAAAAUAGGUGGU